UCACCAGGGUUGAUGAGGAGCCCAGCCCAGGAACCGGCAGAAUUUGCGCUGGGGACCUGCUACCACAGACUGACAUGGAACACUAGUGAAGAUGCACCCCCCGCAUUGUGGUAUCCAAAGCUAGUAAAAUGUACUAGGUUUUUUGGGUGCAUUAAGCACUGGCGGGGAGGGCGGGGUCUACACUUGCACUCUAAUGUGAAUUCAUCACCAAAAAUCUGGAGUACUUGAACUUUUUCAAGGGGCAUAUUAGAUUUCUUGUGAAGCGCAUCUUACCCAGAAUGCUUCACAAACCCCGCCCCGAGAUCCCACUCCGGGCGCCCCCGGAACAUGGCAGGCUCUGCUUUCCGUGUCCUUGCCCAAACUCAGUUAAUCAUUUUAGCUUAACCUCUAACCUGUGGUGUGUGCAGGCUGCCAAAGAGAGAGGGUUCGACCACGAGACUUUUCCAAACUUUUCUACCAGCAUUCCCGUAGGUAGUGUGAAGCCCCCCCUUUCCCCCCCAAAUCCCCCCCCCCAUCCAUUGCCCCCAGAUCAGUUUGCAUCAUCCAGUACAGCCCCUUCCUCAGAGCCGACACUCUGGUCAAGUCGGGGACUGGUAAACUGAGCUGUAAAUUAGAGCCCCCAUUCUCCACACACCCCAGCCCCCUACCAACACCCAUCUUUCCCAUAGUGCAUACAUUUUGGCCACGCCCCGACCACUUGUGUGCCUAAGUAAGUCCCACCCACCGCAAUUGGCGGGAAAGGGAAAGCCAAUAGCAAUCCUUUAAGGGGGGGUGCGCGGGCAUUGAACCUGCCCCAAACCCUGAAGAAUCCCAGGAGGCGCCAAAAGAGGACCAGCAACUCUGCAGCUCUGUUCUCAACCACCAGAGGGUUUGGGGAAGCGCUGGGCUUCCAGCUCACCGCGGUCAUGGAGCCUCUGCCCAGAGGCAGCUACUAUGACCCCGGUGACUACUACGACCCCAGCUACUGGCUGGGAAUGUAUGAAUUGGAAUCUGUGCAGGGCACAGCACCAGAAGCCGAAAGAGGCCACAUUCCUGAAGGAAAUCCAGGCUUUGUGGGCAACAUCAACCACGAAGGUGGCGUCAACUACGGAGGCGAUCUCAACUUUGAAAGCGACCUCAACUUUCCAGGCGACCUCAAUUUUCCAGGCGACCUCAACUUUCCAGGCGACCUCAACUUUCCAGGCGACCUCAAUUUUCCAGGCGACCUCAACUUUCCAGGCGACCUCAACUUUCCAGGCGACCUCAACUUUCCAGGCGACUUCAAUUUUCAAGGCGACCUCAACUUUCCAGGCGACCUCAAUUUUCAAGGCGACCUCAACUUUCAAGGGGAUCCCAACUUUCAAGGCGACCUCAACUUUCCAGGCGACCCCAACUUUCAAGGCGAUCUCAACUUUCAAGGCGACCUCAACUCUGAAGGCAACAUCAACUUUCAAGGCAACGUCAACCUUGAAAGCGACAUCCACAAUGAAGGAAAUAUCAACCAUGAAGAGAUCGUGAGCUGUGAGGGUGAAGGGAACCACGAGGUCAGCGGUGGCGUCCAGGAGCUGGGGCAGCAGCAGCCCGAAGAGCUACCACAAGCAGCGGCUGCUGAGGCUCCGCAGCCCCGGAGCAGGCGAGGAGUCCAGCGCAAUAAGUUCACGGCGAUGCAGGUUCAGGAGCUGGAAAGCGUUUUCCAGAACACCCAAUACCCAGAUGUGGUCGCAAGACGGGAACUUGCAAGACACAUGGGUGUGACUGAAACCCGAGUGCAGGUGUGGUUUAAGAACAGAAGAGCCAAGUGUAGGAGAGAUGAGAGAGCUUCAAUGCUCAGAAAUGCACCACCGGCUAACCUGGACCACCUUUUCAUCUUCAUGCUGGAUGGGUCCUAGAAUGCCACCCUCGUUCAGAAGCCAAAUUGGAGAUAGGUUCUUCUUGUGUCACUGACACCCUACUACCCUAUCUCCCUUAUAGUUGCAUUAUCAAUAAAGAGGCAAGUUCUGCA